AUGGGGCUCCUCAAGCGUCUUUUUUCUAUGGGCAGCAAGAAACACAAGAAGCAGCGUCCGCCUGUUGAUCACGACGUUCCUCUCCCUGAACAACCUUGGACAGAAGUGCGUCCCGUCCAACCCGCUGAGGACGAAGAACAUGAAGCGGCUGUGAGCCGCCUUUUGAGAUCCAGUUCAGCUCGAUACGUUGCAAGCUCUGAGCUUGAUUUUGCAACUUUGCCGCCACUGCCCCAUCCCAUAAACAGGGUUAUACAUACCCCAGCUUCUUCAACUAUUAGUCUGGGGAGUGCCAGCGUCUCACAGCGGGGCACCUAUAAUGUCACCGUUCAUGGACGGACGAGGCAUCCUUCCACGGAUUUCGGUAACGCUCGCCAUGAGCCUGAUGAGGAUAAAGCAGCAAGGAAAAAGGAUAAUAGAACCUCUUUACAUCCGGUAGAUGAUAGUCGAGUGCUCAGAUUGCGUUCGGAUCCUUCUGUCGCCAGUCUGAUUGAUUUGUACGACGACCACGGCAAGCUCGCUGCAGAUGCAUUUUCCAACAGUCCGCCAAGCACGCCUAAAAACAAGCGUCUUGAAGAUGGACGUGCGCAGGUGCGACGAAAUGGCUCUACUCUACGACAAUUAUUAGGCGCAUCUUCCAGUGCCAAUUCAAGAGAGGGAAGCGAUAACAGCAGUGUUGAAGGAGAUAUCUCCUGGGCAGAGCGUUUCUUAGCGGAAACUGAGGCAGCUUCAUCUCGGUCCUCUUUGAUUCUGCAGACACCAAUCGCGCCUUCAAACACACAGCUCCCCGAACCUGAAAUUUCAUUUGUGACUGAUGCCAGCGUGGUGAAUACCACUUUCGACAACCCAGCUAUAUCUUCAAUGGAAGUAGAACUGAGUUUGAGUGCAGAUCAUUCUCAAGGCUUCGAUGAUUUGGACGGCACCAACCAAAAAAAUUACCCUUACAGCAACAGUAACCCCAGCACUCCUCAAAGGGCUUCCCAGGUGUUCGGUUUCUUAACAAAAGGGAAGCAAUCCAAACCGGCGGAGGACUUGGAUCGUUCUCUACCAGAAGUUCCGAGUUGCUUUAGCACACCUUCAGACGAGAAUCCACCGCGCGAAAAUCAUAUCUCGAACCCUAAUCUUCCUCGAUUCCAAAUCAACCCUCCGAAACUUUCAGCGAUGCCAUAUGCUAUCGAAGACACCCCUAGGAACACUCGUCCUCAGUCUUUAAUUGAGGAAAGCCCUUCCUCACGAGAGCCCCGUUCUGCUUUUUCUGACGACAGUCACGACUAUCGCACUGCUCCACGGAAUUCAUUUUACGUCCCCAAUAGCGUUGCAACUCCCAUAGCCCUUCCCAAUGACAACUUUGAUGACAAGAAGAAUACUGUCAAGGUCAUUAUGAACGGCCCCACGAAGGUUAUCGUUACAGCACCCACGCCAUCUACGAAUCAAACUGGCCCUCCAAGAUUACUUCGAGGCCCACGAGCUCCCCCGCGCAAAAUGUCAAAUGGUGGAGUUACCCGUAGGCGAUCUGCAUUGGGUGAAGUAUCUAAUUCACCUCCAACCGCCGAUCCUUUCAUGGUUCCCCCUUCUCCUCGAAAGAGAUCUCAGUCCCAUCGAAGAAGUAAUUCACAAUCAUCCUCACGUUCUUCUUGUAGCUGUGAGGCUGGUCCCGAAUAUGUGUCUCGACCAAAGAAGCUCGAGAGGGUUUCAUCCGGUAGCCGAAAGGAAAACCAAUUGAGCCUAGCUGUCAAGGCCGAGCUUCCUUCCACCCCUCUGCGAUCCAACAGCUCAACCUCACGUUCUCUACUUCGGACGGUUGUACAACAGGCAAUGUUCCGACCUCCCCUCGACGGACACGGUGUAACUGUCCCAUCUCCUGCCUCUUCGUCUGAGAUGUCUCCCUAUGGGCGUCAAAUGAUGUCAGAUGUCAGGCAGCAGAGGAUGAGGGCCAGAGAAGCCGACCGUUUGAAACACGGUUCACGAUAUGCAGCCGAAAGAGACGCUCAAAGGAUAUGA